AUGGCGACGCUGGAAGAUGGGAUCAGCAAUGUCCGUCAGCUUGAAACCAUCAGUCUACCGGACGAACAACCUCAAAUCGAAGCACCUCCUGCUUCUGUUACUUACAUUUCAAAUUUCGACACAAAUUUUGAAGACAGCAAGGCCUUUAUAACAUGUAUCAGCAAGUAUUUAGAAGAAGCGGAUGUACACAAGGGCUUGGUAGGUGUGACUCUGUCAUUCCUUCAAAAUAUAAGAUUUAGCAUAAAAUAUCUAAGCUGAUUACUGCUCUUGGCAAGCAUUGAGCCGGUGGUUUAACGAGUACGAGAGCUGGCGUGAAACUGAACUCAGUUAAGGCUCGUGUGGGUCGUUAGUGCCAGCUUUAGGAGCGAAGCUUGGACUUCAUGGUUGCUCUUGUCUGCUUUCGUUCGAGCCGGCGUAAUAUUCCCUGAAUGACAUGUUAUUGUCAGUAGUGUAUUCUGUAAACGUCUUUGAUGUUAAUACAAAAAUUAAAAGUACACGUCCUUUAUAUUACGGAUCAUCUUUUUAUUUUUAUUUUGAAAUGAUACAGCUCAAGGAAUUUAGAGGCCAGUCAUAGGAUUUAGGGGCGAUUGCAGAAUACCCGGGCCACUAAAUGUCUUACUUGAAGAACUGCUCUCACAGUCCUGCAGUCGUGUUCUAUUAUGCCAAAUAUUUAAAUCUAAGGGAGUAAGACAAGUGCUCAGGCAGUCCCGCACUCCUGCAGUCAAUGUCAAGUAACUAUCCCACAGUCUUGCACUCCCGCAGUCAAUGUCAGAGUUUAUUACUCAAAUCGGAUGACUGUUUGACUGUGGGAGCAGUUUUUGAAGUUAGCAAUUUAGUGGGCCGGGUAUUCCAAAAUCUAGCCAAAGAGCCUACAAUCCUUCAAUUAAACAUACUUCUAUUAUUCACCCUUAAUGUUAUUUCACUUUGUAGAAUGAGAUGCUUGAAGAAGGUGAGAAGUAUGCUGUGAUGUUAUACACGUGGAGAAGCUGCUCUCGUGCUGUUCCUUCGGUAAGUAUUUGUUCUACACCGCAGCUUUUUGCAACAGUAGCUUUAAAUGCUACUUAGUGUAUUUUAUUUUUAUUUGAUAAAAAAGCUGUGGUCCUGUUAAUAAUAAUAGUUAUUUUGUUCUACACCACAACUUUUUGCAGCAGUAGCUUUAAAUGUUACUCAGUGUAAUUUAUUUUUAGUUGAUAAAAAAGCUGUGGUCUUGUUAAUAAUAAUUUUCGUCAACCACAAUGUUGUAUAGCCUGCAUCGCAGAAGUAAUUUAACGUCAGUUAGUAACAUCUGCGAAGCAGUCUUGAGAUCUUUAUUCUGGACCCCCAACGGACUCAAGAAGUUACUGAAAGUGUGUUUCGAAAUUUCCUUUUAUCCUGAUUGGUAAAUGGACAAUGUCUUUUUUUAACAGGCCAAUCAUGGCUUGUACUCAAAUCCUGGUAUACCUGUGGGGGCCAUAACAAGGAGUUUGGCACUGCUUCACAGACAGAUGUUAAUAAUCAGGGUACAGUUUUGUCUGUGGCACAGGCUAAAAUAAUGUUGUACAGUUUUAAAAGUGAAUUUUUUUCUUUUCAUCUAAUCAGGGAACUGUAUGACUACGAAUCUUGAAUAACUGUGUUACAGUAUAUUAUGGCUUUAACAAUGCUAACAGGUAACUGAAGGAAACUGGUAGGGGUACAUUUUGGUGGACAAGCAUCCAAUGAAGGGAAUAGGGGCAUCUUAUCACAUUGACACAGGGCUGUCACUAUUAAAGAUUUAAGUUUCUAGGUGCUGGUAAAUUCCAUUAGGUUGCAAGGAAUUGGUUACUGCUCUGCUAGUACAAAGAUUUUUCAUUGCACAAAAACCUGGGUUCAUUUUGAUGAAACUUUUACAAGGCUAACUUACAAGUGUAACUAUUGUUUUCAGACUCUAAAACAAUGGUUACACUUUCAUCAAAUUAACCUCGGACUGUUUCCUGGUUAUGACCAUGAGUUGCACUUAGUUUAUAUACUUUUUUUACUUUAAAUUUUUACUCCAUUUUUCUGUUGGCAGGUUAAAAGUGAUGAUCAACCAAACAGAAUUGAAAUCUAUGAAAAGACAGUUGAAGUUCUUGAGCCAGAGGUUCGCAAACUAAAAAGCUUCAUGCAUUUUGCACAAAAUGCCAUUGCUAGGUUUUGCAAGGAAGUAAAAACUCUCAGUCACCCAGAAAGAAGGAAAGAUUUCAUAUCAGAGAGGUAUCUUUUGACUCUUGGGAAAUUCAUUAACAUGUUUGCUGUAUUGGAUGCUUUGAAGAACAUGAAGGCCUGUCUGAACAAUGACUAUGCUUUCUAUAAGAGGUAAAAUUAAUGUUUAAUACUAGUAUUUCAGUUUGUAACUAUCAUAUAAUUCCUAUAACUUAGCUGCACAACACAGUUAAAAUUCAGGAAAAUUCCAAUUAUUAUUAAUAAAGAUACAUAAUUAAAAUUUGUCCAUGAGCAAAGAAAUAUGUCUAAGUCACAAUCAUUGUCUUCAUUCUGCAAAGACUAUUAAGACAGAAAAAAUAAGGACAAAAAAGAAUGAGAUAAAGAAAGAAACAAAAAGAAAAAAAGCUGUUGUGGAUUAAAUUUUUGCAAUAUUUUAUGAUAUUUGCCUUUAUUGUUCUCUUCAGCUGAUUUAUAAAGAGGCUACAAUGUUGAUGAUUUCUCAAUCCUUAAAGGAAAGACUGGACGGGAAACCUUUUCCGUUGCCCGCUGGUGUCACCUUGUUUAAAAUUCUAGUCACCAGCUCAGCUCUCAUUUUCAGACCCUGCAAUGUUAAGGCUUGCAGUCUGUUCUUAAUUUGUUUCUGUAAUAAUUAUUGGAGGGAGUGAGAAGUUAAGAGACUGACACCAAAAGCAUCCUGCUACGUGUACAUGUGAGAAAAAGACCUCUGGUACCCAGGGCAACAUCCAUGCAUUCAUGUCUUUAGAAAAAUAAUACUAACUAUUGUUUGUUGUUUUGGGGUCAUUGUUCCAGGGCCGACACAUUUCUGAGACGUGGCACUGGUGAUGUAUCGAUGAUUGAAGAGUCACAGAAUCUUUCCUUGUUCCUUGCAAAUCAAAACAAAAUCACGUUCUUGUUAAAAGAAGGGUUAGAGACCAUUCAGGGAUAUGAAGAUGUGUUGGCAGAUGUACUGAACCAAAGUGUUCGACUGCAUGAGAGCAACAUGUACAUAACUCCCACGGAGAAACACCUACUUUUGAAGGUGUGUGACAGUCAAGCCGGGUCAAGCGUACCCUUAUAGAUUCUAUUAGUGAAUUGAUUAUUUGAAAAAGAAAUCCGUUAGUCAUUCACAUAACUAGUGUCAAAUUCAAAUCUGCAUUCCUGCAUGCGUAGCAGUUAAUGUUUGACUACAACUUCUCAAUAUUUCACUUGGUAACAUUAAAAAAUUUGUCAAAAUGACAUUCCUCCAUACAUUCCUCCUUCUCUCCCUCUCUCUUCCCGGACAAGGCAUGAUAAUAAUAUGUAACAUUGCUGGAGGUUAACCCUGCAGCAGACUUGUGGUCUGUUCAGCUUUGGGUGUAACUGGGUAACCUUUUACAAGAUCUUUGUGACAAAACAAUUGCCACCAGUCAUGAACAAAUUUCCCUUCUUCACAUCCCUGCCUUUUGACAUGCUACAAUCAUGAAAGGUAGUCAGGAAUAAUUGAGACAUGGUGAAUUUAAAAACAGUACCUUGAACUUUGAAUGGAGUCUUCAUUUUUAUUUAUAAUGGCUAGGACUUGCUACUUCAAUUUCUUUAAAAAUUUUAACUUUCAAUGAUUAUUUUUAUACAGGUUAUGGGCUUUUUGAUUUUUCUGAUGGAUGGUAAAGAGAGUAGCGUGUUAAAGAUGGAUCAAAAGAAAAGAAUCAGCCUGAGCAAAAUAGACAAGAUGUUUAAGGUAAUUAACUUUGAAUUAAUUAAACUCUUUUCUGUGACAUUCGUUACUUGUUGUUAAUAGUUCUUCAACCGAGAUGUUCAAAAAACCUGCAAAUGACUGAACUUACAGCUUUUUUACAAGAAUUUCAAUCAAAUAAUGUAAUUUUCCAACUCAGAUUGACACGACAAUCUGACUGAAACACCUAAUUUUAUUGCUGUAAAUGAACUGCAUUCUGGCAUCUAGACAGUUUAUUACUAACAGGAUGACUUGGAUAUGUAAUUAUUAUUCAGAAGAGAAGCCUUAUAAUUACUUGCUAAGGUUUCUAGCUGAUAAGUUGUUUUCCUUGUUGUUCCUAAAAUUAUACCAAAUAUGGAGAAACAAUCCAGUUUCCAGCUACCAGUUUCUGUAGAUGAUGACUCAAAGUAGCAACUGGUCAACAGACAAUGUCUUGCCAGACUGCAGACUUGACCGGCCAAAAAACCUCACUCGCCAGUCAUGUUUACUUUGCAAAAUGUACAAUGUUUAAUUUUAGGAAAAAUGAAUUUAAUGUUAAAUCUUAAGAACUUUAUAAUUGCAUGGACAAUCACAAUCAUUGAAGUUACAUAAAGCAGACAAGUGUUUCCAUUUUUGUUUUAUUGUACUGUUGGCACAGUAAUGUUGUCAGUUAUGGUUACAUCAAGAAACUUUUUGUCAAUAUUUUGACAAGUCAGAAACAAGACUUGAUCGAGCAACAAUUUCUUUGUCCAGUUAAUGUGUACCGCCACCAUCCAAAAACUAUUUUUAGCCCUGCUAGAUUGUUGUACAUGAAAGCCCUUUCAUGUCAUUCCUGAAUUUACAGUAAUGUUAUACUUUUAAAAAAUCAUAAUAGUCGUUAGGGGAAGUUUAACUGUAUUUCUAUUUUUAAUUCUCUCCAUUGGUUUGCAGCAAUUUCCAGUGGUGCCUUUAUUUGGUGAUGUCCAAAUAGCAUUGGUUAGCUACCUGAAGAUGUGCCCUAACUUUGAAGGUAUGCGAGAGAAAUGGACUGCUGCAGCAGAUGGUGCAGAUGACAAAGUUGUUGAUCAGUACAAUCUGCUGCGUAGAAUGGACAGCAUAAGAGAGGAGCAUGUGAAGUUUAUCAGUGAACUGGCACGUUACAGAAAUGAGGUAUCCAUCAUGGCAUAAUCGUGUUUCCUCAAAUAAGCGCCCAUCCCUUAGACCAAAAAAUCAGACAAAUGCCCCUUUUAAACAAGUGUCCUCAUCCCCACUCCUUCACCAAGAGACUUUCUUGAAUAUUCAGGAUAUUAUGAGGAAAACCUGUUUGUAUUGUCACUUUAUUUUAUGACUUUCAACUUUAACAGUUAUGCUUCAAAUUUCUGAGGUAUACCCCCCCCCCCACCCCCCUCAAUUAAGUGCCCUCCUUCCAAUAAGCACCCUCCUUGAAAUUAAUUUAAAUAAGCAGCCAGGCGCUUAUUCAAGGAAACAUAUUGUAAUAAUUAUUGAAAAUGAAGAAAUGAUGUAUGUUGAAUGUAAUUAAAUUAGGUGAACUGCCUUUAGCCUUUUAAAAAUUCAAUUUUUCAACGGGUUUAUUAUCAUUUAAACUUAUGUUCUUCAUUUUUUAUUUAUUUGAACUAUUUCUAAUUAUUUUCCACACUUAGUUCUUAUUUAUUUAUUUAUUUAUUUUUAGAUGAUUACUUCCAGUAAUGAUCCAAGAAGUGAUGAGCAAUAUACAGAGCUGACCAGCCUGGCACUUAGAGGGCUGAGACUUCUGUCAUCAUGGACUGCUCAGGUUAUGGAACUGGUAAGAGGACUUCAUAGUUACUAAAAGGAGGCUAGAAUACAUGUAACUACUGAGGGAGCCCCUUAACUUUAAAUCUAUAAAAAGUCAAUCUUCAGUGUAGGGUUCCAGGUAACUCAAAGGAAAAUUCAAUUGCCAGGAGCCAUCAGGCAGCUCUGUUUGAGAGUACAUUCCCUUGUAUCUUAGUAUUAAUAAUCCAAUAUUGAAACUGCACUAUAAUAUAAUAUAGUGACCUACAUGUAUGAAUUUUGGGAAUAUGAAUUUGCACCGGCAGUGCCUGUUAAACAUGUCAAUCACUGGUAAUGAAGUUGGUUGAAAGCUAGGUGGUGAAAGGCACAUGGAAGUCUGAUUAAAAUAAUAAAUUUUGUCAGACUUUCAUAUUGAUAAUUAUUGUUAAAGAACUAAAUAUAUGCUGCUGCAUGCAUAACUUUGGGUCAUGAAGUGCCAGCAUGUUACAAUAAUUAUAGUUGACAAACCCUAGUAUACUAAAUUGUGGAGUAAAGAAACCACCUAAGGUACAAAAAAUUUACAGUGUUCUGUAUAAAGUACUGUGAUGAAUUUGUCCUUCUUCUUCUUUCCCAGUACUCCUGGAAACUUCUUCAUCCAACAGACAAGUAUGCAAAUCCACAUUGUCCUGAAGAGGCAGAGGAAUAUGAACGAGUAAGUACAUUCAAAACAGUAUUAUGUUAGUAGUAGUUAUAACUACAGCUGUAUUUGUAAGAGGCUUUUUUCUGGCCCAUUUUCAAUGUUAACCUGCAUUAAAAUUUUAUUUUUUGUAGGCUACAAGAUACAACUACAACAGUGAUGAAAAGUUUGCAUUAGUUGAGGUUGGACUCUUUUGUUAUUUUCCUUCACACCCAUUUCUUUAUUUUAUCUAAUUGAUUGAUUGGUUAUGAGAGAAAAAUCUCAUUGUGAAAGGUUUGAACCCAGGAGUCUUUUUGAUUUGACAGUUGACUUUUCUUUCAUCUUCAGAGUUGGUUGUGUCUCAAAACAUCUGGUUAUUGAUCUGAUUGGUCCCAUCAGGUUAAGUUAAAAGACUCGUAAUCAGUGAUUGGUGCGUUAUCCGUCUGAUAAGCAAAAUGUUACUAAAUUGUUAGUUCUCCAUCAGACACUAGUUUCUUUGCACGCUGAUCUAAUUGAUUGAUUGGUUAUGAGAGAAAAAUCUCAUUGUCAUACUUUUUAAAAGUAGUUUAAGCUAGCGACAUGAUUUUGGUAGUGGUUGUAGUGAAAAUGGUUGUUGUAAGAGGAUUUCCUGUUUCUUACUAGGUCAUUGCCAUGAUCAAAGGUCUGUAUGGAUUGAUGUCACGUCUUGAACCAGUGUUUUCAGAGGCCAUACGGCAUUCCAUACACACAGAAGUACAGGAAUUCAUCCAAAUCAGCCUGAGGGAACCACUUAGAAAAGCUGUCAAGAGCAAGAAGGCCACUCUUUUAAAAACGUGAGUGGGGCUAUAGGUGGAAUGCUUUGUUUUAAACAAUUGUUUUGAGUUUAAGCAAGCUAUCAAGCAGAAAAUUCUUUGUACUGGUGCAUGUACAUGUAAACUCAAUAAUUAUUCAAAAUUAAUGAAGUAGCAAGUAACAUUGAUGUGAGUACAUGUAUCUGGGUACGGUGUAUGUGACCCUCUGAACUGAGAGAUUUUCCAGUGCUUCCCACUUAGAGACCACAAUUUUGAUGAACAUUUUCAUCAUAACUGAAUAUGUUAAGGUAAAAAAAAUAAUGUGAAAGUCUGCAUUUGAUCCAUGUGGCCCAAAUCGGGAUGGGACUUAAGCAUGAAAUGAUUUGGAAUAAGCUAGUCCAUUGAAGGGUUGCCCCUGACAAUAAAUUCACUGAUACCCAUUAAAUUAUUCGCCUGGGCCAGGUUGUUCAAAGCUCGGCUAGAUAACCCAGGGUUGGGUUAGAUAACCCAGGGUUAGGACAGAAUUUGAAGUCAGAUAAGAAUGGUAAAAAAGUAAAUUCAGUUUAAUUCUUUUUGUCAGCAAGUUGAUGAUUGGAUGCUCUUAAAAAUAACAGAGAAAAUAAUCCAAGAAAAUGCCUUUGAACAAGAGAAAAAGAAACCGACAUUAAAUUUAACCCUGGGUCAAGCACUAAUCGGCCUUCAAACAACUGGGCCCAGGGUGGAGUGAGGCAUUGUGAGGGCCAAGUGUCUUGCUAAAGAACACAACACAAUGAUCCCAGCAGGGCCUGAACCUGGAACCACCGAUGCAGCAAACCAAAGUGCUAACCACUGGGCCUUAAUUCCCACAGCUACAUAAUGACACCGACAAAAUUUUUUCAGUGAUUGAUCUUCCACUGCUGUAAUGGUGUUCUUUAAAUCACAGAAUUUUGUUGUCCAUCCGUGAGACUGGAGGAGACUGGGCAGAUGGCCAGCAUGGAAGAGGGGACCCAAUUCUUAAAGGAGAAAAGGACCCUAAAGCAGGGCCAAAUAUCAAGAUACCAGACAGAGAUGUAGGACCUUCUAGUACCCAGGUAUUAACAUGUAGCCCUUAGUUUAGUGAACUUAUGGUUGGGCAUUUCAUUUUUCCUGCUUGAAUUAUUAUAGAUUUUGUGGGGUAUCCCUAGUGAAUACCUGUUGCAGGCAAUGUUGAAUCCUUCUAUAUCCUAUCUUAAUGUUGGUAAUAUGCCCAAAAAAGCUCUUUAUUGGUACAGAAAUAAGUGGAUUCCUUUUCACUUCCAUUUCAAACCAUAAUGAUUAUGGUGAGGGCAAUGAUGAUUAUGGUGAUAAUGAUGAUGGCAAUGUUUCUCACCUGGUUACCAGUAUUUUGAUGGUGAUAAUUAUGGUGACAGUUAUGAGGUUGAUGGUGAUGGUUAUGAUCUUGGUAAGAAACGUUGUUUAAGAAGCUCAAAAAUAUCAUUACCUUAUCACAAGGUCUUACUAGCUCUUAGUGGAAUCUUUUUUCCUUCUUAUCCAGCAGAGAUGUAAACUACAUGAACGUACUAUAUAUUCCUCUCUUACACCUAUUGUUUAACUCUUUUUUGGCAGUUGUACAUGGUCCGCACUAUGCUGGAAUCACUGAUUUCAGAGAAAGGUGGUAAAAAGGUCAUGCGUAAAGAACUGGAAAAAGAAACAGUGGAGCAUAUUGAGGCCUUCUUGAAGAAAUCUUUCUUCUUUGAAAAACUUCUUCGCUUCAAUGAAGUGUUGAGAGAGUGUUGCGAUCUUUCUCAGCUGUGGUUUAGAGAAUUCUACCUUGAGUUGACCAUGGGUGCAAGGAUUCAGGUACAUGUAUUAGAAAAGGCUGACCAGUCAGUCUUGGUAAUCAAGACAAAAGUAAAAUCCGUUUUACAUUUAAUUUUCAGAGACCAAAUUCUGUACCCUAGUGCAGAUUGUUACCGGGUUGCCUGUGCCACAUCAGGUUGUCUGAUUCCAAAAAUUGCACCCUUUAAUUAUUAAACCCAAUUUACUCAGAAGCUGUGUGUGUUUCAAUAAAUCAUGUUUUUCCAUUUCAGCCCCUUUCACUCCCAGAGAAAAUGAUGGAGUGUUUUAAAGUGUUUCUAACUUUUGAGUCUAUAAAUGAAAUCCUAUGGUGUUACCAUUCAAAUGAAACCUCUUUAGCAGUACUUUCACAUGGUACUAUUUAUUUAGUAUGUAGUAUGUGGACGAAAUCCUGUGGGGUGACCAUUCAAAUCAAACCUCUUCAGCAGUAUUUUCACAUGGUUAUAUUUGUUUCUCAGCAUUUUACAACUGGGAAAUUUUGAUGAAUUUUGACUUUGGCCGCUUGGGAUUGAAAGGGUUAAGGCCACAGGGUUAAGGUUAUCUUGCUCAUGCCUUUUUGGGGGUCUGAAUAUUUAAAAAAAAGCCUAGGGAAGACUAAAGACUUAAGAUUAACCUAAAAACACUGCAUUACAAUUCUUGUUGUUGUUGUUGUUGUGGUUGAUUUCAGUUUCCCAUUGAGAUGUCAAUGCCAUGGAUUUUAACAAAUCACAUUCUUGAGAGCAAGAAUCCCAGUAUGAUGGAGUAAGUCAGUUUAAUCAGCUUCCUUACCUUGUUUGAGGGUGCCUGUGGAGGAUGUAUUUUGACUGUUAUUUUUGUUAUCAUGGUGUUGCUCUGUAGGUAUGUAUUGUACCCACUGGAUCUUUACAAUGACAGUGCUCAUUACGCCAUGACUGUGUUUAAGAAACAGUUUCUGUAUGAUGAAAUUGAGGCUGAGGUGAGUGAUGAUUAGAUGAUGAUCGGUUAUUGGAUGUGGUUUUUGUGCUAUCCAGAAUAAUUAAGUUCUUGGCCAUUGCUGGAAAGCAAAGGGUAUCGCUUAUCAUUGUGACAGAAUAUUUAACAUAUUUAUUUCUUACAACAGCACUACUUUUGUAGUUUCUGGAUACAUGUAACUAUGGUUCUCGUUUGCAUCUACUUUUCGCCUUCCAGAAACUGUUCUGACCGCAAAGUUUACUAAUUUUUCUUGGCAGGUUAACUUGUGUUUUGACCAGUUUGUGUACAAACUCAGUGAUCAGAUAUUUGCUUAUUACAAGGCCCAGGCCUGCAGGUAAUUUAAACUAAUUACACAUUUGAACCAUGCAGAGAAUUGAUCCUUGUACUGUACGGUGGUACCUUGAUUUAACAAACCUCUUUCUAUAAACAAAGUCCUCGGUAUAUCACGAACGAUCUUCUUUAUACUAGUAAUAGUAAAAUAAAUGGAAAAGAACCUUGAUAUAACGAAACCUUGUUACAGCAAACAAAAUUUGCCAGUCCCUUUUGAGGUUGCACUGUCCUUUCGUACAAAAUUGAUGGGUCCACCUUAGACUUAAAGCCAUGUUUUGCUUGACUUGAUGUAAGCAACCACAUAAUUAUGUAGCCCGUAGUUUGAGGAGGCCUUGCAAUAUGUCUCUUGACCUUUCUAUAGUUUCUCUUGGGUCUCCUUGCCUCUUCCCUUUUUCUACAUAUCUUUUACUAUUUUCUUUAAUUUUUACUAUUGUCUGGCAAAUAAAUACAUUGCUGUGCAAUUGCUGUGUUGCUUUGCAGCAUGUUACUUGACAAGAAGUUUAAAUCAGAACUAGCUCGCAUGAGUGCUGAGUCUGCUGCGAAAUUGGGGACACGUUCAAACAGAUACGAGACCCUUCUUAAACAGAGACAUGUCCAGGUAUAUAGAAUGGAAACGAGAACAUUGCUGUUUUAGGUCAAAUUCUGUGUUGAAGUCAUUUCUCAGUUCCUUCUGCCAUACAAAAAUAGCCUGUGUAGCAGGCGCUUGGAAGUAGUGGGCACAAGAAUAAACGGGCGCGCGAGAAGGGGACAUGCGUCUUCCUCGCGCGCGCCCGUUCUCUCUUUCGCCCAUUACUUCCAAGCGCAUGCUACGUAGGCUAAUACAAAAAAUGCUCCUGUAGAGUUCUGUAUCAAGCAAAUUUUAUCAGUGAGCACUAACCAUUGUAAUGUUAUAUGAUUAGUGAUUAUUUCCAUUUGUAAAAGGGAGCUCAACUUUAUAAGUUUCAACUCGUGUCCAUCCUUGCCAUCCGUUUCAACAAAUGGCAGGAAACAAUUUCAAUAAUUAAAAUACAGUUUUAAAAAUGACAAAACUAAAUCAUUAUUUUUGAAAAUCAAUGGAUACGAAAAACGUUUUAGGUCUUCAAAAAUUAACACAGAAAUAGCCCUUUACUUAGUACGAUAAAAUUCUGUUGGUACAAUCAUGUUGUGCUUCGUUUUUACUCUUGGCUUGAUGUUCAUUUUCCUUUAUUUUUGUGCUCAGUUAAUUUUUUCUUUGGAAACAAUAUUUCUUGUUUUCUAUUUCAGCUGCUUGGCCGUUCAAUCGAUUUGAAUAAACUAAUCACCCAGCGUCUCAACAAUGCCAUGAUACGUUCUUUAGAUUGUGCCAUUGGUCGUUUUGAGAGUGGAGACAUUUGUGGUGUUGUGGUAGGUCUAAUCCGUUUUUUUUUUGUUGUUGAUGCAACAUGGCUUAGUAUAAAGUCAUUGACUGACUGACUGACUGACUGAUGAUAACCUGAGUAGUAACUGAAUGAUUGAGUUCAGUCCUCCCCCAGGUCAAAGAUAAUUAUUUUCGUUGAUCCCUGGUUUAUUAUUUGGGCGUGGCCCAAAUAGAGUAAUGGAAACGGCUUGCUUUGAAGCAAAAGUGCAAUAGGCACGCAAUACGUGCUAACGUAAACAAGCAAGUAAACAAGGGAAGGGAGGCGAAUUUCUGCCAUGCGAACGUCAUUCAACACUACAUAUUCUCCUUUAUCGUUUACGCAAAGUGAAGCAAAAUCCAUGAAACGUGUCUUCGAAAUCUCACGCAAAAUGUAGUUUUUUUUUAAAAUCCUCAACACUCGAAGGCGGAUUCAUAAAAAAGAACUCUUCUAGUAUCUCCAAUUUGAACUUGAAUUUGCAUCACCAUAUUGACACAUGCAGACUUUAAAAUUAGAAUACGCUCCCACGAAAAAGCUGAAAACUUAGGGUGCGUCCCUUUGGGAUGAUCCAGAUCAGGAUCAGUGAUCCGAGAUCACUCGGAUCAUGGUAGAUCAAAUGAACCGAUAAAUCCACUCUGGACAAGGAUUCACCAGUUCAUUUGAUCUACCAUAAUCUGAGUGAUCUCGAAUGAUUGAUCUUGAUCCAGAUCAUCCCAAAGGAACGCACCCUUAGACAGCACGUGAUCAAAACAUGUUCGUACCGCUCCAAAAACGUUGUCAAUUUCACGACAGAGACUAACCGACAACGUUUCAUUGGCCAAAACUGACAGGUUGGAAUGUGAAACCACGCGCAGAAUUCGUCGCGCUUCUAGGAUGGUAGUAAUCCAAUGAUAUCAUUUGAUCCUAAAUUUUUCAAAGCAGCAAUAAAAAGCAAUUUGGACAAAAUUUGGCGACGGUGUUUCGAGGAACGUAUUAUUGAAGUAUGUUCUUGAGGAUUAAACUUACAAAUGCACACACUGUUCGCGGUAGGUUUGUUCUUCGCUGCGAUUUAACUAGUUAUAACCUUAGAGAGAAUGAAUACAAGCUCGCUGUUCCACAACCCCGUACUGAAUUUUGUAGAAGAAGUCUUUAUUACAGCGGAAGUGUGUUAUGGAACAGCUUCCCUCUGGAGGUGCGGCAAUUGACAUCCCCUAGAAUAUUUAAGGGAAAAUUAAGAGAGGAAAAUUUCGAUCCUCAGUGACAAAUGAUUUAAUGAGCGAUAUUCUGUUUUUACACACGGCCUCCUUGACAAGCAGGUGUUUUCUUUUCACCUUUGUUAUUUUAGUUUCAAUCUUAGAUUUUAGAUCAGUUAAGAAGUUAGUUUUUCUAUACUUGCAUGUAAAUGUACCUCAAGAAAUACCGUGUAUAAAUAUAGUUAACAUACCAUACCAUACCAUUACCACUUGUUACCCUUGUUACCCUUGUUACCUUUUACCCUUUAUUGCCCUUUUGUUACCCUUUUUGUCACUUAUGAGCACCCUUAUUCUUGUUACCAUUUGUUUGCCUUAUUACCCUUAUUGCCUUUGUUACCCCUGUUACCCUUUUGUUACCCCUUUGUUCCGUUUGUUACCCUUGUUAUCCCUUGUUACCCCUUUACCCCUUACCCUUGUUACCCCUUGUUAACCUUCUCACCCCUAGUUACCCCUUGUUACCCUUGUUACCCCUUGUUACCCUUUGUUACGCUUGUUACCCCUUGUUACCCUUGUUACCCCUUGUUACCCUUGUUACACUUGUUACCCUUCUUACCCCUCAUUACCCCUUGUUACCCUUUGUUACUCUUGUUACCCCUUGUUACCCCUUUGUUCCGUUUGUUACCCUUCUUACCCCAUCUUACCCCUCGUUACCCCUCGUUACCCCUUGUUACCCCUAUCGCUAACUUCCCCUUUGUUACCCUUCUCAUCCCUUCUUACCCCUUGUUACCCUUGUUACCCCUUCUUACCCUUCUUACCCCUUUGUUCCAAUUGUUACCCUUGUUACCCCUAUCUCUAACUUCCCCUUUGUUACCAUUUUCAUCCCUUGUUACCCCUUGUUUACCCUUAUUUCCCCUUGUUACCCUUUAUUUACCCUUAUUUACCCUUAUUUACCCUUGUUGCCCUUAUUGCCUUAUUUACCCUUAUUACCCUUGUCACCCGAUGUUACCCUUGUUUCCCUUGUUAUCCUCGUUGCUUGUUGCCUUGUCACCCCUUGUUACCCCUUUCUUACCCCUGUUACCCCUUGUUACCCUUAUUACCCUUGUCACCCUUAUUACCCUUGUUUCCCUUUACCCUCGUUACCCUUUAUUGCCCUUGUUGUUAUUCUUUGUUACCCUUAUUUACCCCUUGUCCUCCUUGUUACCCUUCUUACCCCUUCUUGCCCUUAUUACCCUUGUUACCCCUCGUUACCUUAUUACCCCUUGUUACCGUUGUUACCCCUUAUUGCCUUAUUACCCUUGUACCCCUUGUCACCCUUGCCCUUUGUUACCCUUAUUGCCUCGUUACCCUUGUUACCCUUGUUACCUUGUUGCCCUUGUUACCCUUAUUUACCCUAUGCUUCUUCCUUUGUUACCCCCUUCUCAUCCCUUAUUGCCCCUUGUUGCCUUCUUACCCCUUGUUACCCUUCUUACCCCUUCUUACCCUUUGUUACCCUUGUUAACCCUCCUUCUUCCCUUUGUUACCCUUCUCAUCCCCUUUUUACCCUUAUAUUGCCCUUAUUUACCCCUUGUUACCCUUUAUUUACCCUUGUUACCCUUUUUACCCUUAUUGCCCUUAUUUACCCUUUUAUUUGCCUUGUUACCUGUACCCUUGUUGCCUUGUUUCCCUUAUUUACCCCUCGUUACCUUUGUUCUGUUUGUUUACCUUGUUACCCCUAGCCUCCUAACUUCCCUUUGUUACCAUUUUCAUCCCUUAUUUACCCCUUAUUUACCUCUUGUUACCCUUUGUUACCCCCCUUUUUUACCCUUUUUUGUUGCCUUAUUACCUUUGUUACCCUUGGUUGCCUUUGUUACCCCUUGUUUCCCUUUGUUACCUUAUUACCCUUGUCACCCUUAUUGCCCUGUAGAGCCUUAUUACCCUCGUUACCCCUUAUUUACCCCUUAUUUACCCUUUUGUUACCACUUGUUACCCCUUGUUACCCUUAUUACCCCUUGUCACCCCUUGUUACCCUUGUUUUUGUUACCCCCGUUUAUUUACCCCUUGUUACCUUUUUACCCUUAUUACCCCUUGUCCUCCCUUGUUACCCUUUUACCUUCUACACUUUGCCUUUUGCCCCUUAUUUACCCUUGUUACCCCUUCAAUUACCCCUAAUUCCUUUGUUACCCCUUGUUUGUUCCUUUGUUACCCUUGUUGCCCUUGUUGCCUUAUUUACCCCUUGUACCCCUUUGUUACCCCUUUACCUUCUCUAACUUCCCUUGUUAUUGCCCUUCUUAUCCUUUGGUUCUUACCCCCUUACCCCUCGUUACCCCUCGUUACCCUUGUUCCUUCUUCCCCUUAUUUACCCUUGUUAUCCUUGUUACCCUUGUUACCCCUUGUUACCUUUGUUACCCCUUAUGCCCUUCUUACCCCUUAUUUCCCUUUGUGCCCGUUGUUCCCUUGUUACCUUACCAUUUCAUCCCUUGUUACCCUUGUUACCCCUUGUUACCCUUUUUACCCUUGUCCCCUUUGUUACCUUGUUGCCCCUUAUUUCCCUUUGUUCCCUUUUGUUACCAUUUUUUCCCUUUGUUACCCUUGUUACCCCUUAUUUACCCUUUUAUUACCCUUGUUACCCCUUGUUACCCUUGUUACCCCUUUAUUGCCGUUGUUAUUGCCCCUUGUCAGACCUUGUUUCCCUUGUCAUUGCCCUUGUUACCCUUGUUACCCUUGUACCCUUGUUACCCUUGUUGCCCUUUACCGUUGUUUACCCAUAUUACCGUUUAUUUACCCUUGUUACCCUCUUGUUACCCCUUGUCACUUAAAGUUACCCCUUGUUACCCUUUGUCCGUUUUGUUACCUUUACCCUUAUUUUACUUCCCUUCUUUGUUACCCCCCUCUUGUUACUCUUCUACCCCUUUGUUACCCUUGUUUUGUUACCCCUCGUUACCCUUAUUGCCCCUUAUUGCCUUGUUACCUUAUUGCCCCUUUUUACCCUUAUUACCUUGUUUUCCUUAUUACCCCUUAUUGCCCCUUAUUUACCCUUGUUACCUCUCGUUUACCUUAUUUACCCCCUAUUACCCCUUAUUACCCUUGUGCAAUUACCCUUGAUGCCUUUUUAUUAUUGCCUUAUUUACCCCUUGUCACUUUUGUUACCCUUAUUGCCUUUAUUUGCCUUGUCACCCUAGUUACCCUUUUUGUUAUUACCCUUUGUCACCCUUAUUUACCGUUUGUUACCCUUAUUGCCCUUGUCACCCCUAUUACCCUUUUUUACCCCCUGUUACCCCUUGUCACCCUUGUUACCCUUUUUACCUUAUUCCUUUGUUACCCUUGUUACCCCUUCUUACCUCUUGUUACCCUUAUUUACCUCUAUUUUCCCUUGUUGCCCUUGUUACCCCUGUGCCCCUUGUUACCCUUAUUACCUCUUGUUACCCUUCUUACCCCUUGUUGCCCCUUGUUGCCCCUUUUCCCUUUGUUACCCUUUGAACACCCCUUAUUACCUCUUGUUACCCUUGUUCCUUUGUUACCCUUGUUGCCCUUUGUUACCCUUCUCACCCCCCCCUUGUUGCCCUUUGUUACUCUUCUUACCCCUUGUUACCCUUUUUACCCUUAUUUACCCUUGUUACCCCUUGUUACCCCUUGUUACCUUGUUACCCUUUUACCCCUUGUUACCCAUUGUUCCCUUUUUACCCCUUAUUUACCCUUUAUUCACCCUUAUUGCCUUGUUACCCUUAUUUACCCUUAUUGCCCCUUGUUACCCUUGUUACCCUUUUUACCCUUGUUACCCCUUGUUACCCUUUGUUACCCUUGUUACCCUUUGUUACCCUUGUUACCCUUGUUACCCCUUGUUACCCUUGUUACCCCUUGUUACCCUUGUGACCCCUUGUCACCCUUGUUACCCUUGUUUCCCUUGUUACCCCUCGUUACCCCUUGUUACCCCUUGUUACCCCUUGUUACCCCUUGUCACCCCUUGUUACCCUUUGUUACCCUUCGUUACCCUUGUUUCCCUUGUUACCCCUCGUUACCCCUUGUUACCCCUUGUUACCCCUUGUUACCCUUGUUACCCCUUGUUACCCUUGUUGCCCUUGUUACCCGUUGUUACCCUUGUUACCUUUUGUUACCCUUGUUACCCUUCUUACCCCUUGUUACCCCUUGUUACCCCUUGUCACCCAAGUUACCCCUUGUUACCCUUUUGUCCCGUUUGUUACCCUUCUUACCCCUUGUUACCCCUUGUUACCCUUUGUUACCCUUCUCACCCCUUGUUACCCCUUGUUACCCUUGUUACCCUUGUUACCCCUUUUUACCCCUUGUUACCCCUUGUUUUCCUUGUUACCCCUUGUUACCCCUUUUUUUAAGGAUAAGUGCUUUAUUAUCAACAGAGCGCCUACAGACACAUGUGUUUACAAUGAUAACAAAGAUUUUCGUGCAAUAAUUACAGACGGGUACAUUUGUAAAAUUUAUACAACUAUUAAACAAGGUUAUAUUUUACGUCUGUCUCUUUCACGGAAGCGAUCAUAUGCGUAUUUGUACAAUUUUUGCGUUUUCUCUCCUUGCUUCAUACUUAUCAACGUUGUAAAGGCAGGCUUGGAGUCGCCAAGUCAAGAAUAGAUUAGUUUCCUUUUUAGCGUAUUGAACAGCCUCCUAGGAUCUAUAGGCUAUGCAAUUCAUCAAAAAUGCUCCUCGUCUUCUAAUCCAGUUUACAUAAUGAAUAGAUUCUUUGGUGGGUGGUUGAUAGGGUUUAACGUAUCGUCCAGUUUCAAUUGCUAGUUUGUGGUUGCUUAAUCUUAGCUUUGUGAUUGCUACUCUAUGAUUGAUGUUUCUUACAUUUGUGAGGUAAUUUUCGUAGUCAUGGGUAAGUUUAAAAUUUCCUAAAGUUCUUAGUUUGUUUUUUGAUGCGGUCCUUUCGUUCAUCAUUGUGUAUUUUGCUAAUCCAUGUUUGCUGUUCUAUGUCUAAGAGUCUCUGUCGUAUAUAGUUCAUGAUUGCGGAGUGUUAGUUUUCGCUGACCAUAUGUCGCCAAGACCUGCGAGGUUUAAUAGUGUUUUAAUUUGCUUGACCAAAGUUCCUUUUUAUCUUGACCAAUUUGGUCUGUAAAUGCUAUUCAGAGAGUUUAUUUUGGUGCUCCGGCUCCACAAAAUUUCAGCCAAUAUUUAAUAGCUCUGCACUUUGUCUUCGUUCGCAUUGAAACGGCCUACCUCCAAAUCUGCACGCAUUUGAGCUAGAAUUUGUUAACUCCCAAUAGCCACCUUAUGAACUUUGUUUGAACAAACUCAUUGGAUCAUUUUCAGCUUUCCGUCGUGAUCGACCCCAGACCUCGCUUCCGUAGGUGAGUAUUGGGAAAUAACCGUGUCAAAAAUUUUCAUUGUGAGCUGUACAUCGUCUCUGAAAUGGUCGCCCAUUUCCUUCUGAGUUUACCAAAGCUUUAAGGCAACCUUCUUUAUUUCCUGUUUAGCGUACGUGAGGUCCCAUAAGUACUAAAUUGUAGGCCAAGAUAUUUGUAAUUUGCUAACAUUGUCAGUUUCUGCCUCUAUAGUAUAAUACGUGCUUAUUCAUGAGUUUCUCCGCAGUUAUUGAAAAUUAACACCUUAGUUUUAUCAAGGUUAACCGACAAGUCGUUUUUCUUUGCAGUAUUCACUGAGGGUCAAAUAAUUCUGCAGUCCGUUUUUUGAUUUGGAGAAUAUGACCAAGUCAUCCGCGUAGAGCGCCACAACUUAACAGUAACUCGUUUGUUUUAUGUCGUUUAGGUUCUUAGCCUUAAGUUUCUCCUGAAGGUCACUGAGAUAAAGUUAAAAGGGUUGGCGAGGCAUACAACCUUGUUUACACCAGGUAUGGCAUCGAAGGCGGGUGUUGGUAUAUUUUUCAAUUUUUCACAGAUGAUUUAUCAUUGGAGUACAUUGAAUGUAAAAUCUCAAGAAGCGCCCGUUACUCCCGCUAGCUUCAAUUUUUGAAACAGUUUCCCUCUGGGGAUACUAUCGAGAUCUUUACUAAAGUCAACAAAGCAGGUGAAUAAAGGUUAUUUGAUUUCUUGGGUUUUAGAUUUAACAUAUUUGUCUAUUGGUGCUUUUAAAAUGAAGAUGCUGUCCUGUGUACCGUGUUUUUUCAGAAGCCACAUUGUUCUAGAUAAUUAUGCCCUUUUUCAAUUAGAUAGUCACAAAGCCUGCUAUUCAUUAUUGAGGUAAAAAUCUUUCCAUGGCUGAUAAGUAAUCCCUCUAUAAUUCUCUGGGUUGGACGGAUCAUCUUUUUUUUUGAAGAUUGGUAUAAUUAGGCCAUGACUCACAGGGUACCUACCACUGGUUAGGGAUUUUAUUGAAAAGUUGUGAGAGGCCCUUUUAAGGCCUCUUUGCCAUGUUUGAGCAACUCUUGCAUAAAUGUUAUCUACCCGGGGCCUUUCCAGGUUUUUAAAGGGUCGAUAGCAGUUACCGUUUCCUGUUCAGAUAUUUCAUAAUCUGGGGCCCCAAGGCCUCUGAUCUUGUUAGUAUGUACUCUUCGUUUUGCUGUUUUCGUGCGUUUUAACUUUUUAAAGUAACUGUAAAACUUCUCUAAGUCCUCAGAUGUAUUUUUUUUUGCAUAUUUUUGAUUUGCCCAGGUUGAAUAAUUUCUAAGUUGUCUCCACGCAGUUUUACCAUUACUGAGAUCAAUGCAUUUAAUUAUCCGAUUAUAAUGUUGGCGUUUUCUUUUUUCUGCACAGGUGUUUGAAAGCCUUUUUUUCUUGUGUAGAUUUUGAUCUCAAUUCCUCCACGUUCGGGUUUCGUGAGAUAUGCCUACCCAAUGAUUUAAGAUUCUCUUUUUUUCUAUGUUGCAUUGCUCGUCGAACCAUGGUUUUUCACUAUGCUUCCUCGUGGUGUUAAUGAAUCUCAAGCCUGCUUGUUUGCAUACGUCAAUCAGUUUUGUGUGAAUAGAUCAGUCAUUGUGUCCACGUUAUUGUUAUUGAGCUGUGUUCAGCCUGUUUUUGUUUCUAUACUUUAAGAGUCGGCUUAAUUCGUGUUUCGCAUUAUCGUCCCAGACUAAUUUCUUAAAUCUGCUUAACGUGAUCUCGUCUGGUUGUUUGCCGGAGCACCUUUUUGUGUUUUAGCAAUGCGAAUGAUAAAGGAACAAUGGUCCGAUGGGUGGGGUUCCAGAUCGUUGACAAUAAAGUAAUUAAUAUAUCUGAGAAUUCUACUGAAAUGAUAACAUAAUCUACCACACUGCUCCCAUUGUAUUUGAAGCAUGUUUUCCUGUAAGAUCACCUACCACUCACUGCCGUUCAGGAUCCCUAAGACUGAGAGCUGUGCAAAAGAUCAAUCAGAAUCCUCCCUCUGCUGUUAGUUGUAUUUUCGUCCUGUGAAUAGCGAUAAUUUUUCUGUAUCUAUUUCAUAGUCUUCUGGGAUUUCAAGAAAUUGAUUAUCGUCGUCAUGGACCGCGAAUUCUUGCAUGCUGCCGGUGCGCGCGUUAAAUCCUUGCAAAAUUACAUCACCUUUGAGUGUAAAAUUUACAAUUUCGCUUUCAAUAUCGUCUAAAAAGUUCUUGGUCGAUUACUUGUGAAGUGUUUGACUUAUGUAAAACAGUGCCUAAAUAGAGAUCCUUGUCCAGAUCGAAAGAUUUAUCUAACAAGCCAUAGUUAGCCCCCUUGUUACCCCUUGUUACCUCUUGUUACCCUUUUUGUUACCCCUGUUACCCUUGUUACUCCUUGUUACCCUUACCCGUUACCCUUGUUACCCCUUUUUACCCUUUUGUUACCUUUUGUUACCCCUUGUCACUUUUUGUUACCCUUGUUACCCCUUGUUACCCUUGUCACCCUUAGUUACCUUAUUUGUUACCCCUUGUUACCCUUGUUACCCUUAUUACCCUUUGUUACCUUUGUUACCCCUUAUUACCCCUGUUACCCUUUGUUACCCCCUGUUACCCCUUGUCACCCUUGUUACCCCUUACCCUUUGUUACCCUUGUUACCCCCUUGUUACCCCUUGUUACCUCUUGUUACCCUUGUUACCCUUGUUACCCUUGUUACCCCUUUCUUUCCCUUCACCUUUUGUUACCCCUUGUUACCCUUGUUACCUCUUGUUACCCUUCUUACCCUUUAUUACAAUUUUUGUUACCCCUCUUGUUCCCCUUGUUACCCCUUGUUACCCUUGUUACCCUUGUUACCCUUUGUUACCCCUUGUUACCCUUUGUUACCCUUUCUCACCCCUUGUUACCCUUUGUUGCCUCUUCUUACCCUUUUGGUUACCCCUUGUUACCCUUGUUACAUUUGUUCCCCUUGUUACCCCUUGUUACCCUUUUACCCUUUUUACCCUUAUGUUUCCCCUGUUACCUUAUUUACCCCUUGUUCCUUGUUACCCCUUAUUUACCUUGUUACCCCUCAGUGCCCUUGUUACCCUUGUUGCCCUUGUUGCCCUUUUUACCCUUGUUACCUUUGUUACCUUUGUUACCCUUGUUACCCUUUGUUACCCUUGUUACCCCCAACCUUUACCCCUUUUUUACCCUGUUUAUUUUUUGUUACCCUUGUGACCCCUUGUCUUUUGUACCCAUUGUUUCCCUUGUUACCCCCCUCGUUACCCCUUGUUACCCCUUGUUACCCUUGUUGCCUUGUUGUUUUUUGUUACCCUUCGUUACCCCUUGUUUCCUUUGUUACCCCUCGUUACCCCUUAUUUGCCUGUUUACCCCUUGUUACCCUUUUACCCCUUGUUACCCUUGUUUGCCCUUGUUAAUUAUUUACCCUUGUUACCUUUUGUUACCCUUUGUUACCCCUUCUUCACCCUUGUUACCCUUUUUUUACCCUUGUUACCCCAAGUUACCCUUAUUACCCUUUUUUGUUUGUUACCCUUUGUUACCCCUUUUACCCUUGUUUGCCCUUUGUUACCCUUCUCAUCCCUUGUUACCCCUUGUUACCCUUGUUACCCCUUGUUACCCCUUGUUACCCUUAUUUACCCUUUUUGCCCCUUGUUACCCUUGUUACCCCCUUGUUACCCUUGUUACCCUUUGUUGCCCCUUGUUACCCCUCGUUACCCCUUGUUACCCUUGUUACCCCUUGUUACCCUUGUUACCCCUUGUUACCCUUGUUACCCUUUUUGUCACUUUUAUUUGUUACCCUUGUUAUUUUUGUUACCCUUGUCCUUUUUUUGUUACCCCUUGUUACCCCUGUUACCCCUUGUUGCCCUUGUUACCCUUGUUACCCCUUGUUACCCUUCUUACCCCGUGUUACCCCUGUUACCCCUUGUUACCCCUUGUUGCCCUUGUUACCCUUGUUACCCCUUCUUACAUUUCUUACCCCGUUUUACCCCUGUUACCCCUUGAUACCCUUGUUACCCCUUGUUACCCCUUGUUACCCCUUGUUACUCCUUGUUAUUCCUUGUUACCCUUGUUACCCCUUGUUACUCUUGUUACCCCUUUUUAACCUUGUUACCCUUGUUACCCCUUGUUACCCUUGUAACCCUUCUUUACCCCUUGUUACCUUUGUUACCCUUGUUAUCCCUUGUUACCCUUUUUACCCCUUGUUAGGCUUGUUACCUUUGUUACCCUUUGUUACCGUUGCUACCCUUGUGAGUUACCCCUUGUUACCCUUGUUACCCCUUGUUACCCUUGUUAUCCCUUGUUACCCUUGUUACCCCUUUUUACCCUUGUUACCCUUGUUACCCCUUGUUACCCUUGUUACCCUUGUUACCCCUUGUUACCCCUUGUUACCCUUGUUACCCCUUACCUUGUUACCCAAUUUGCCCCUUGUUACCCUUGUUACCCUUUUGUUACCCUUUUGUUACCCUUUGUUACCCUUGUUACCCCUUGUUACCCUUGUUACCCUUUGUUACCUUGUUUUGUUACCCCUUGUUACCCUUGUUACCCCUUGUUACCCUUGUGACCCUUUGUCACCCCCCAUUGUUUCCCUUGUUACCCCUUGUUACCCUUGUAUUACCUUUGUUACCCCUUGUUACCCUUUUGUUACCCGUUUCGUUACCCUUGUUUCCCUUGUUACCCCUUGUUACCCUUUUCACCCCCCUUGUUAUCCCUUGUUACCCUUGUUACCCCUUGUUACUCUUGUUGCCCUUGUUACCCGUUGUUACCCUUGUUACCUUUUGUUACCCUUAUUGCCUUGUUACCCUUGUUCCCCUUGUUACCCCUUGUUACCUUUUGUUACCCUUUGUUUUUUUGUCCGUUUGUUACCCUUGUUACCCUUUUACCCCUUGUUACCUUUGUUACCCUUCUCACCCCUUGUUACCCCUUUUUUACCUCUUGUUACUCUUCUUACCCUUUGUUACCCCUUUUUGUUACCCCUUUGUUACCCCUUGUUACCCUCGUACCCCUUGUUACCUUGUUACCCUUGUUACCCCUUUUUACCCUUUGUUACCCCUUGUUUUCCUUGUUACCCCUUGUUACCCUUGUUACCCUUGUUACCUCUUUUUUACCCUUUGUUACCCCUUGUUACCCUUGUUACCCUUUUUACCUUUGUUACCCCUUUUGUUACCCUUUUGUACCCCUUGUUACCCCUUGUUACCCUUUUGUUACCCUUGUUACCCCUUUGUUACCCCUUGUUACCCUUGUUACCCUUUUUUUUUACCUUUUGUUACCCUUGUUACCCCUUGUUACCCUUUUGUUACCCUUGUUACCCUUGUUACCCCUUGUUACCCUUGUUACCCCUUGUUACCCUUUGUUACCUUUGUUGCCCUUUUUUUACCUUGUUACCCCUUGUUACCCUUGUUACCCUGUUGUUACCCCUUGUUACCCCUUGUUACCCUUUGUUACCCUUUGUUACCCUUGUUACCCUUUUUUACCCUUGUUACCCUUGUUACCCUUUGUUACCCCUUGUUACCUUUUGUUGCCCUUUGUUACCCUCCCUUUAUUUUUUACCCUUGUUACCCUUGUUACCCCUUGUUACCCUUGUUACCCUUGUUACCCCUUGUUGUUACCCUUGUUACCUUGUUACCCUUGUUACCCUUGUUACCCCUUGUUACCCUUGUUACCCCUUUGUUACCCCUUUGUUACCUUGUUACCUUUGUUUUGUUACCCCUUGUUAUUUUUGUUACCCUUUUGUUACCCUUGUUACCCUUGUUACCCUUGUUACCCUUGUUACCCUUGUUACCCUUGUUACCCCUUGUUACCCCUUUGUUACCCUUGUUUUGUUACCCCUUGUUACCCCUUUGUUAUUUGUUACCCUUGUUACCCUUUGUUACCCCUUGUUACCCUUGUUACCCUUGUUACCCUUAUUGCCCUUUUACCCUUGUUACCUUUGUUACCCCUUGUUACCCUUGUUACCCCUUGUUACCCUUCUUACCCUUGUUACCCCUUGUUACCCUUGUUACUUUUGUUAUUCCUUGCUACCCUUAUUACCCCGUGUUACCCCUUUUUAUCCCUUGUUACCCUUUUUAUCCCUUGUUACCCCUUGUUACCCUUGUUGUUCCGUUUUGCCCUUAUUACCCCUUGUUACCCCUUUUUACCCUUGUUACCCCUUGUUACCCUUUGUUACCCUUUGUUACCUUGUUAUUUACCCUUUUACCUUUUGUUUUUUUUUUUUUUUUUUUACCCUUGUUACCCUUUGUUACCCUUGUCUUUUGUUACCCUUUGUUGCCUUUUUACCCUUUGCCCUUGUUACCCUUUUUUGUUACCCUUGUUACCCUUGUUACCCUUUUUACCCCUUGUUACCCUUGUUACCCUUUGCCUUUACCCUUGUUACCCCCCUUUUUUACCCUUGUUACCCUUGUUACCCCUUGUUACCUUUGUUACCCCUGUUUGUUACCCUUUUGUUACCCUUCUUGCCCUUUUUGUUACCCUUGUUACCCUUUUGUUACCUUGUUACCCCUUGUUACCCUUGUUACCCCUUGUUACCCCUUGUUACCCCUUGUUACCCCUUGUUACCCUUUUUUACCCUUGUUACCCUUGUUACCCUUUCUUACCCUUGUUACCCCUUGUUACCCUUUGUUACCCUUUGUUACCCUUUUUACCCCUUGUUACCCUUUGUUACCCUUGUUAUCCUUUGUUACCCUUUUGUUACCCCUUGUUACCUGUUACCUUUUGUUACCCCUUGUUACCCCUUGUUACCCUUGUUACCCUUGUUACCCUUUUGUUACCCCUUUUGUUACCUUUUUACCCCUUGUUACUCUUUGUUACCCCUUGUUACCUUUUGUUACCUUGUUACCCCUUGUUACCCUUGUUACCCCUUGUUACCCCUUGUUACCCUUGUUACCUUUUGUUACCUUUGUUACCCCCUUGUUACCCUUUUACCCCAUACCCCUUUGUUACCCCUUUGUUACCCUUUGUUACCCUUGUUACCUUGUUACCCUUGUUACCCCUUGUUACCCUUGUUACCCCUUGUUACCCCUUGUUACCCUUGUUACCCCUUUGUUACCCCUUUUUUGUUACCCCUUGUUACCCCUUUGUUACCCCUUGUUUGUUACCCCUUUGUUACCCUUUAACCUUUUUGUUACCCCUUUUGUUAUUUUUUGUUACCCCUUGUCAAUUUUGUUACCCUUUGUUAAUUUUUUGUUACCCCUUGUUACCCUUUGUUACCCUUGUUACCCUUGUUACCCUUGUUACCCUUGUUACCCUUGUUACCCUUGUUACCUUUUGUUAGCCCUUGUUACCCUUUGUGUUUAUUUUUGUUACCCUUUGUUACCCCUUGUUAUUUUUGUUUUGUUACCCCUUUUUACCCCUUGUUACCCCUUGUUACCUCUCGUUACCCCUUGCUACCCUUGUUACCCCCUGUUACCCCUUGUUACCCUUUGUUACCCUUCUCACCCCUUGUUACUCCUUGUUACCCUUUGUUACUCUUGUUACCCCUUGUUACCCUUGUUACCCCUUGUUACCCUUUUUACCCCUUGUUACCCCUUGUUACCCCUCGUUCCCCCUUGUUACCUUUUGUUACCCUUUUUACCCCUUGUUACCCUUGUUACCCUUGUUACCCCUCGUUAUCCCUUGUUACCCUUGUUACCCCUUGUUACCCCUUUUUACCCUUGUUACCCCUUGUUACCCGUUGUCACUCUUGUUACCCUUGUUACCCCUUUCUUACCCCUUGUUACCCUUGUUACCCCUUGUUACCCUUGUUACCCCUCGUUACCCCUUGUUACCCUGGUUACCCUUGUUACCCUUGUUACCCCUUGUCCUCCCUUGUUACCCUUGUUACCCUUGUUACCUCUCGUUACCCCUUGUUACCCUUGUUGCCCCCUGUUACCCCUUGUUACCCUUGUUACCCGUUGUUACCCUUGUUACCCCUUGUUACCCUUGUUACCCCUUGUUACCCCUUGUUACCCCUUGUUACCCCUUGUUAGCCCUUGUCGCCCUUGUUACCCCUUCUUACCCCUUUGUUCCUUUUGUUACCCUUUUUACCCCUUUUUACCCCUUGUUACCCUUUGUUACCCUUCUCACCCCUUGUUACCCCUUGUUACCCUUUGUUACUCCUCUUACCCCUUGUUACCCCUUGUUACCCUUGUUACCCCUUGUUACCCCUCGUUCCCCCUUUUUACCCCUUGUUACCCCUUGUCACCCUUGUUACCCUUGUUACCCCAUGUUACCCUUGUUACCCCUUGUUACCGUUGUUACCCCUUGUUACCCUUGUUACCCCUCGUUACUCCUUUUUACCCCUUGUUACCCUUGUUACCCCGUGUUACCCCUUGUUACCCUUGUUACCCCCGGUUAUCUCUUUUAUUACCCUUGUUACCCGUUACCCUUGUUACCCCUUGUUACCCCUUAUUACCCCUUGUCACCCUAGUUACCCCUUGUAACCCUUUGUUACCCCUUGUUACCCCUUGUCACUCUUGUUACCCCUUGUCACCCUUGUUACCCUUGUUACCCCUUGUUACCCCUUGUCACCUUUGUUACCCCCUGUUACCCCUUGUCACCCUUGUUACCCCUUUUUACCCCUUGUUACGCCUUGUUACCCUUGUUACCCCUUGUUACCUCUUGUUACCCUUGUUACCUCUCGUUACCCCUUGUUACCCUUGUUACCCCCUGUUACCCCUUGUUACCCUUGUUACCCGUUACCCUUCUUACCCCUUGUUACCCCUUGUUACCCCUCGUUCCCCCUUGUUACCCCUUGUUACCCUUGUUACCCCUUGUUACCCCUUGUUACCCCUUGUUACCCUUUGUUACCCUUGUUACCCUUGUUACCCUUGUUACCCUUGUUUCCCCUUUUUACCCCUUAUUACCCCUUCUUACCUUUGUUACCCCUUGUUACCCUUGUUACCUCUCGUUACCCCUUGUUACCGUUUUUAUCCCCUGUUACCCCUUGUUACCCUUGUUACCCUUUGUUACCCCUUGUUACCCUUGUUACCCGUUGUUACCCUUGUUACCCCUUGUUACCCUUGUUACCCCUUGUUACCCCUUGUUACCCCUUGUUACCCCUUGUCACCCUAGUUACCCCUUGUUACCCCUUUGUUCCGUUUGUUACCCUUGUUACCCUUUUUACCCCUUGUUACCCUUUGUUACCCUUCUCACCCCUUGUUACCCCUUGUUACCCUUUGUUACUCCUCUUACCCCUUGUUACCCUUGUUACCCCUUGUUACCCUUGUUACCCCUUGUUACCCCUUGUUCCCCCUCUUUCCCCCUUGUUACCCCUUGUUCCCCUUUUUACCCCUUGUUACCCUUGUUACCCUUUGUUACCCCUUGUCACCCUUGUUACCCUUGUUACCUCUUGUUACCCCUUGUUACCUUUGUUACCCCUUGUUACCCUUGUUACCCCUUGUUACCCUUGUUACCCCUCGUUAUUCCUUGUUACCCCUUUUUACCCCUUGUUACCCUUGUUACCCUUGUUACCCCUCGUUACCCCUUGUUACCCCUUGUUACUCUUUGUUACCCUUGUUACCCCUUGUUACCCCUUUGUUACCCUUGUUACUUCUUUGUUCCAUUUGUUACCCUUGUUACCCUUUUUUACCCUUCUCACCCCUUGUUACCCUUUGUUACCCUUGUUACCCCUUGUUACCCUUGUUACCCCUUUUUACCCUUCUUACCCCUUGUCACCCUUGUUAGACUUUUUCCCCUUUUACCCCUCGUUACCCCUUGUUAACCUUCUUACCCUUCUUACCCCUUGUUACUCUUGUUACCGCUUUUUUUCCGUUUGUUACGCUUGUUACCUCUUGUUACCUUUUGGUUACCCUUCUCACCCCUUGUUACCCCUUGUUACGCUUGUUACCCCUUGUUACCCUUUGUUACCCUUGUUACCCCUUCUUACCCUUGUUACCCCUUUUUAUCCUUGUUACCCCUUUUUACCCUUGUUACCGUUGUUACCCCUCAUUACCCCUUGUUACCCCUUGUUACCCUUGUUACCCUUGUUAGCCCUUGUUACCCUUGUUACCCCGUGUUACCCUUGUUACCCCUUGUUACCCCUUGUUACCUUUGUUAGCCCUUGUUACCCUUGUUACCCCUUGUUACCCUUGUUAGCCCUUUUCACCCUUGUUACCGUUGUUACCCCUCGUUACCCCUUGUUACCCCUUGUUACCCUUGUUAACCCUUGUUACCCUUGUUACCCCUUUGUUCCGUUCGUUUCCUUUGUUACCCUUUGUUACCCUUCUCACCCCCUUGUUACCCCUUGUUACCCCUUUGUUCCGUUUGUUUCCCUUGUUACCCUUUGUUACCCUUCUCACCCCUUGUUACCCUUGUUACCUUUGUUACCCUUGUUACCCCUUGUUACCCUUGUUACCCCAGGUUACCCUUGUUAACCUCGUUACCCUUGUGACCACUUGUUACCCCUUGUUACCCUUGUUACCCUUGUUACCCUUGUUAUCCUUGUUACCCCUUGUUACCCUUGUUACCCUUGUUACCCCUUGUUACCCUUGUUACCCCUUUUUACCCCUUGUCACUCUUGUUACUCUUGUUACCCCUUUUUACCCCUUUUUUCUUUUGUUACCCCUUGUUACCUCUUGGUAUCCUUGUUACCCCUUGUUCCCUUUGUUACCCCUUGUUACCCCUAGUUUCCCCUUUUUACCCCUUGUUACCCUUUUUAUUCUUUGUUCCGCUUGUUACCCCGUGUUACCCUUGUUACGCCUUAAUUGUUAGCCUUGUUUCUUCUUGUUCCUCUUCUUACCCCUUGUUACCCUUGUUACUCCUUGUUAGCGUUAUUACUCUUGUUACCCCUCGUUCCCUUGUUACCGUUGUUACCCCUUUUUCCUUUUGUUGUCCCCUUUCUCCCCUUGUUCCCCCUUUUUACCUUUUACUCCUUUUACCCCUUGUUACCUCUUGUUACCCCUUGUUACCCUUGUUACCCUUGUUACCCUUUGUUACCCUUGUUACCUCUUGUUACCCUUGUUACCCUUUGUCAGCCUUUUUACUUUUGUUACCCCUUGUUACGCCGUGUUAUCCUUUUCGAGGGACGUGUUAAUAUAUUGUUUGAUUAUGUUAUCCCGGGUUAAACUUACAAAUUCACACACUGUUUGGGAUAGGCCGACACUAAAAAUUAACACUGGGUUUUUUGGGACUGGGCUGGUCCUGGAAUUCAAAGAGAAACAAAGGAAACUAUCAAGAUAUUUAAUGACAUCAAAGGCUUAUGGACUCCAUAGACUCAAUGACAAAUCAGAAUAUCAGGAGUGUACGUGUAAAAUGGAUAAGAAUUUGAAAGAGGAACCUUUGACAAGUUUGAGAGUCGCAAGAUUUGUGUAGCUGGUUAUCAGUGUGACAAUAGUAAUUUUGAUUUUCGCAUUGCGGAACACAACAAGUUGCCUGUGACAAUAAUCUGUUCCGAUGAAGGAAGAGACGAUUUUCAACAAUUGAAACCAAAAGGGACUGAGGCUUCUUUUGGAACUACUGUGAUAACUGCAACAAUUCUUUUUCUUAUUUCAAUUUUGUUUAGCAGGGUGACGCUUAAUGUACUUGUUUUUGUAUUGCGUGUUGUGUUUUUUCAUAUACGAUGCUGUGCGUCGGGAUUUUGUAUUAUCAGCAAGUUUUGUGUUAGUGUGUUUUGAUGGCAGCGAGGUGACAACAAGAGAAGGUAAUGAGCUAGUUGUACAGAAGGAAAAUUGUGUUGUGGAGGAAAUGAAAGAAGUUGAAUUGAGAUCUCGUCGUGGGAAAUUUAUUUAUAACAGAACGUACAAUUCCAUUGGUUUAAAUCAGGUUAGUCAUUUCUCUCAUUGAUGAACAAAUUAAAAUCUACAGAAAACAGAAAACACGGAAAGUGACACUUUUUGUAUGGAAGAGUAUUCGGAAAAAUACACCAUUGUCGUCUGAAAUUCAUUGUUACCUUAAAAAUAGAAAAGGUUUACCCUUGAACAGGUACAGAAGUAACUGUAACAGUGUGAGGUUUUUACUUAAAGGCAACUCCAAAACUAGUUCGUAAACAAGGGAAGGUGUAUCUGUCCUCUAAGCAUCAAAGCCAGGCGAUUUAGGUGGAAUGAGAUAUUCAAACAGGCCUUUAAGUAAGAAUUUGCCCCUCCGUACUUGCAAUUAUCCAUAUUAUAGUGCUUACAAGAGUUUGAAUCACGUGGUUAAUUUUGGCCAAUUUAAGCUUUGUACUGAUCUCGAGAAGAAUCCGAGAAGAAUCAGACUCUACAUAGGAAUGACGAAAAAUAUGAACUUAAAGGUGUCCAUAUUACCACCUUUGAACCUCAUCUUUUCUCAAGCAAUGUUGAACAUUGUAGUAUAUCAAAUGUUAAUAGUUACCAGUGUUCCUGUAAACUGUGCUGCCCCAUACCAGUUUAUGCAAUGUGGUACUCAACUUUAUUUGCCCUUGUUAGUAAUUGGAAUACACUGUACAAUGUGAUGGGUGUGAAAACACAUCUGUUAGUCAAUCUUCCUCAAAGUGUCAGUAUCAGUGGAGCUGAGAUAAACUACACUCUCGGGGCUGUAACCACUUAUGUCCUAUCUUGCAAUUUGGAUCCAAGCAUGUCUGCAUUGAAGAUGUGCAUAUUUUCAAACAUUGUCAUGAAAUGACACGAUUUUUGUUUUGGAUUGGGACAUACUGUAUAAGCUGUGUGGUUCAGCAAACAAGUGGAGUAAAGGGUUUAUCUUCUCUGGUAAGAUAUGAUGACAGUUGUUAAGCUGCAAUAAGGGAUGUUCAAAGUAUCAUACCCGUUGUACGACUACGCCCAAAUAUACGCUCCCACAGCCUCUUGUCUUACUUACCUUUUCUUGGACUUGAACUUCAGAAGUAUUUGUAGUGUCUUACUUCAAGUCAGCAGUCAUGAUAUAGUACAUUACAAUAUUUUAAUUUUUCAAGAGUGACUGACUGACUGACUGACUGCCUACCUGGCUGACUUGCUGGCUAGCUGUCAGCUGACUUACCUGACUGAGCAACGGGCAAGCUUUCUGCCUGAAUAAUUGGCUUUUUGACUUGCUGAGUGAUGGACGUGCAUGCCUUUUGUAUGACAAGGAUGUAGGAAGCUCUAAAGCUGUAACCUUAUAUAGAAAUAUGAGGUUCCCAUCUUUACAUCUAGUGCAAAAACUAAGAUUUCAUUCUCCCUCUCCUUCUGUUACGCGCCAUAUAUGUAGUUGUAACUUGUAACUAUGUAAUUUCUUGUAUUUGGCACCAUACAUCUUGUUCUAACUUCCCACCUCGUUUAGCUAUUGCUCUACUUGUCGGUAGACAUUUCUCUCCUUCUAAAUUCAUGCUGUAAUAAAGUUUGUUGUUUGCUUGUUGCUGCAUCAGGAUUUGGAGAAUUUACUUGAAGUGAACCGCAUGACUCAUCAGCUGUUGUCCAAGUGCGUGAAGUUAAUUCCAUUUAAGAAUAUGCUGGGCGAGGCCAAUCACUCAGUAUCAGCACCUUACGGCAGGAUCACUCUUCACGUGUUCUGGGAACUUAACUUUGAUUUUCUUCCCAACUAUUGCUACAACUCAUCUACAAACAGGUCGGUGAUGAAUUUGUUUUACUGUUUCAUUUCUGUACCACGUGACUGUCCAGGUGUAUAAAGGCCAAUUCACCAAUCAUGCCUUCCCCCAUAAACAGGUCAAGGGUUUAUUUGUGUGGAUUCUCCAUAUCUUCAGGAGAAAUUAAAAACUGCAAACAGAUUUGCAAAUAAAAACAAAAAAGAAGAAACCUGAAGCACCAGUAGAGAUACAACCUGGAAAACCGUGCACAUUUUGAUAUGGAAUUACACCUCACUGAAUUAAGAAAAGUUUAUCCAAAAAAACUCCUCUCCCCUAAUCCCUGAGAAGGGCCUGAGAAUCAGUUUGUUUUACCACUGACAGUUUCUUUAGUUUCGCGCAAAUUUGGGUUGAUUUUAUGUAAACCGCAUUGAACGCCGUGUUUACUUUCCCUUUUGUUUCUUGCAGAUUCGUUCCCACGUCUCUCCCUUUAGUGGACAAAGUUUCCAGAGAACAAGCUCCAAAGCAAGCUCAUCAUUUUUUCUUUGGUACAAAGGUAAACACGAUGUUUUUCCACUGAAUAAUUUAGAGACAGACACAAGAAAGCUCAGAAAAACUCUUAGCUCCAGGGGAGAAUCGAACUCACGUCCUUCCCAGUCCGAGAUCUAAUCACUGACCUACUGGAACCUCUAUGGCGAGAAGGGUCGAAAUUUUUAAUAAUCAGUGGCGGAUCCAUGGGAGGGGCCCGGGGAGCUGCCCUCCCCCCCGCCCCUUAUUUUUGGACCGAACUGACGCCCAAAGGGCGGAAAAAAUUGGUUGGGGGGGGGGGAGACCGGCCUUAUCGCUGGCCGCCCCUCCCCCCACCCUCUUAUCUCAAGGUCUGGAUCCGACUCUGAUAAUAAUCACACCAUAGAGGACUGUAUGAGGGACUUGCUCGAAGAUGCUUUACAUUUGGCUGCACGAACUUUGCUGUUUGCUGGAAUCAGUCAGAGUUCAUUGAUGUCUUUUUUCUAUUCCAGCUUCAGAACUCACUCUUUAACGCCAUUGGUUCGCUGUACAGUAACUUUGUUGGUGACAUCCAUUUUGCUUGCAUGGCUCGUCUACUGGGUUACCAGGGAAUAGCUGUGGUUAUCGAGGAGCUUCUCAAGAUCAUCAAGAGUGUGGUAUGUAGUGAAAACUUUGUACUUCCUGGUACUUGGCUAAAAGCGCUAAGUGACAGGUUGCCCCAAGGUAAACAAAACUCACUUUUUUUCUGUUUAGACGAUGAACAAGUGCUUUGCAAUUUAUACUCACAACUCUAAAAUAUAACAAAUGAUAGCGACAACAGUGACUCCGAAAAAAAUACUUUGCGCGAUCGACCGUCGCAUAGAUUUCCCUCGGCUGCAAGGUAGAUGGCUUGAUGACGUGCGAGUCUGACUCCUUAUGGAUGUGGUUUGUGAGUUGUCUGUAGGGAUUGCGUUUCAGCAUGUGCCAAGUUCUUGUCCAAGUAAGAAACGUGCUUUUGGUGCUGGAACGUACAACAGCAAGGUUAAGUCACAUUAAAGUUGUUUCCUCUUUGCCGGAAUGUGAAGUGAAAGCUGUUUAUGUUUUAGGUUUCAACGACUCCAAGACUGAAAGCGUUUUGGAUACUUCUUGGUUUUACGGAACUCCAAGUAUUGUUGGUAGUAAUGUAGUUAUGUGGUAGCAUGGGUAUUGUUGUUUGUGUUUUGGUUCUUUGUGUUAUGGAUCUUUAGUCUUGCGUCAUUUGUUGAUCAUUUCACGCAACAUGUAAGGAGCUGAAUAGUGCAACGGUUUCAAGUUGUGGGAGGGGGGACUGGGGGAUAGGGAGUUCCGUGGCAUCAGAAUCUGUAGUGAUAAGGCUUGUGUUUCAUAAUGUAACUUAAGCUAACUUUCUCUCUGUUCACAGCUCCAUGGCCAGUUACAGCAAUACAUAGCCCAGCUCAUCGAAGGAAUGCCUAAAAAAUGCGGUCUUCCUCGCUUCGAGUACGGCUCCACAGGUACCUAUACUACGUUGUUAAGAAUUUCCUAGGAAUAUUCCUUAUCCUACGGAACAUCUCAUUUCAAAUUGAUGAAAUUUAUAAAUAGUUUGCUCAUAGUGGAAGUGCACUUAACUUAAAAGAGCUAUAUAGAUAGUUGGAAACAACUUAUCCAAAUGGAAAUUGAAAACCCCAAAUAGCGGGAGGCAAAAUACCAAUAUUGAAAUAAAAAUUUCUCGUCCACGUUUUGUCUCUCCUUGCUGCUAGGAAGAGGACCAAGUUUAGACAACUGUAUUCGCAGGCUAGUUUUUCAGUUUUUGUCAUGAAUACAGCCCACGCUCAGCGAGUCUAACUGCCGGCGUGUUACCGUUUGAUGUUACGCAAAAUGUUUUACAGUACGUAAUCUCACCUCGACAAAUGGGCCAGCUUUUGCUCUUUUUAUGUAGUUAGCACCUAGAGUGCGAUCAUGUUAACAUGUUUUCCAGGCAGUGCGCUGUUAUUUAGUUUUAUUUCUCCUACAAGCUGGUAUUGCAUAGAUGGAGUUUAGUGAAACAGUUUUUCUACCCUUUUAUCAGGUGUCCUUGAAUAUUACCACGCCAGUCUUGAGCCGAUUAUGCAGUAUCCAUACCUCAGAACAGACGUAUUUCAGGGAUUCAGAGAAAUCGGCAAUGCCAUCCUAUUCUGCUUACAACUGGAGAGUUUCUUGGUAAGAAACCUUACAUUUAGACUGCGAGUAGUCCCUCAUUCCCUCAGGGAUUGAGGAGCAAGCGGAAUGCGUCAGCGCGCGAGAAAAUUGCCGCGCGCAAAGUGUGGCGAGAAGCGGAGGAAGGAUUUUCUCUCAUCUCUCCUUGCAUCUCCUUUCUCGCGGGUGGCGAUUUCCAUGUGCGCUCGCGUAUCUUGCUCGCUCUACUGUCCCAGAGGAAGUAAGGGACUACUCGUCGCCUACAUUACAUUCAUAACGUAGAUGUCAACAUACAAUAACCCUAGCCCCAGCGGUCACAGGAGAAACUGUGCACCUACCCCUCCCUUAAGCCAACAUUUUGCCCUAAGUGAGAAGUAAGUGUUAAUGUUAGCUUAGGGGAGGGGUAGCUGGGUAGUUUCCCAGAAACCUUAAUUGAUCCCAGUAUCGCUUUCCUUAGGCUGAUCCACAGCCCUAACCUAACAUAGCAGGGACGUUUUCUUACUUCUUGCGACGACUGCUCAGAGAACCCUGUGAAUGUUUCCGUAACGUUUCAUUUUUUUUUUCUCAUUUUAGUCUCAGGAGGAGAUCAUGGAUCUGCUUCAUGCUGCACCCUUCCAAGGAAUUAUCCCCAGACCGUAUCUUAAACGUACUGCUAAUAAAUUAUUGGACAUCUCACCAAAGGCACCUAACAUGAAACAAUAUGGCGGUCGAGUCUCACUCCGUAAAUUGCCGCUUAUAAGAAGCCUUGGGUUAUACAUCUUCGUAAGGGGUGUUAGGAAGGCUUAUAAACAGAGAGGCUUAUAUCCUAGGGGACUUAUAUCCGGAAUAGUAAAAGUGCUUAGAAACAGGCUAUAGCAGUGCUGAUCAAAAUACGUUUUGCAUUUGCUGGUUUUUAAUAAAGCUUCAAAACGUCAUAAUAAAUCGAAUUCAUUUCAACACAAGCGAGAGCAGACUUUUAUCAAGAGGGGUGGGGAGGGGCUUAUAAUCGGAUGUAUUUUUUUGUUUACAGGUAGAUGGGCGUAUAACUGGGAAAGGGUUGGGGCUAAUAAGCGGGAGUUUAGGGACGGUAUGCGUUAGCCUGCGUAGAAAGUGUUUCUGUUUGGUUUCGGAGCGAUGAAAGACCAAGGAACGUGAUUAUCGGUUUUGGCCGCGCGAGAAAUGAAACGAGAGCCAAAGCGCCAUUUUUCGCGCGGUCUUUGACUCUCGCUCCUCGUUCUUUGCUCCUAAACCGCACGGAAACGCUUGCUACGUAGGCUAGGUAUGCGCAAAAGUUGUGUAGCGCUUUUCACUGGAUAAAUUACCCCAUUCUGAUUCACGUCCUUGAAAUUCAAAAAAAAUAAGCCGGAGUUCCGGUGUAUUUUUCAAAGGAUUUUGUUACUGUUUUAUCUUUAUUCCUUUAAGCACUACUAUCAACUCGCAAGUUCUCUUGCUAUUCAGUAAAAAGAAUUUAGUUACGAAACAAGGCAUUUUACUGUAUCUUGGUUGAUGAUUAUCUUGAAUUUGAACUAUAUCUAAGGUUGUCGUCGGUAAAAGCAACUAUUUGCAACCAUUUAUUUUUGUAGAGGGGGAAAAACUGGACGGCAAAAUGAAGAAACUGGAGACGCAGUACAACUCAUUACAAGUUUUGUCCAUCAUCACCAAGCUUGGAACUAAAGAGGUUUUGAAUUAUUAUGUCAUGCUUGUUAAAAAGCUUGUCUUCACAUUAAUACUUAAAUUUCAAAAAUAAUGCUCCAGUCAGUUUUGUUAACACUACAUUUUGGCAUUGAACUUGUUUUCUGUCCGCUGUAGGUUACUACGCAUGGCAAGGAUGGACAUGGAUUAAAGCUUUAAAAAAAUUGGGCCAACGUUUUCAAGUUUUAAUGCUAUGUCUGCAAAAAAGACCUAAAACAUAAUUAUAAUCAUUGUUAGUGUUUCCUGAUGAAAUUUGAAUGAUGUCCUCCAACAAAGAAACAUUAUUUGUGUACAGGAAAUGGCUGCACUACUAAGGGAUGACGUCUUAAUUAUACGUUUCUGGGAAACUUCCCACCUACCCCUCCCAUAAGCCAACAUUAACACUUACUUCCCACUUAGGGCAACAUGUUGGGUUAGGGGAGGGGUUGGUGGGCAGUUUCCCAGAAACGAAUAAUGAUCCCAGAAUUGACCCUAUUAAGGCAAUAUUCUCGUGGCGUAGCCUCUUUAAGUAAUACGAAAUCUGUUCCCUUUUGCAGCAAAUAAACAACGGCCAAGAAGGCGAUUUGUUGACGAAAGAGCGACUCUGCUGUGGACUGUCCAUUUUUGAAGUGGUUCUUAAGAGGAUUAAAUCAUUCUUAGUUCAUGAAAUUUGGAAAGAGACACCACCCGCUAACGGUGUGAUGAAUGUUGAUGAGUGCAGAGAGUUCCACCGCCUUUGGAGCGCGAUUCAGUUCAAUUACUGUCAGCCUUUAAGACAAAACGAACUCACUGUCGAGUAAGUAGCAACAGUUUUUCCAGUUGGAAAAAUGUUAGGGUGAGUGAAGUCCUCCCCUUUUGUCGCCUCCUAUCCCUCCCGCGUGUAGUCUGCUUGCAGUCCACCUUUCUCUUAAAAUACGUCUAGUUCUUACGCCCUCGUUUAUCGCGGCUCACGGCUUCGGCUUGCUUGGGUUUCGUGUGCAGUAACUUUGCAAAGAAAAAUAAGAGACUGCUCGCAGUCUAUCCCGCGUGGUGCUAGGGUGUAUAAGUGGGUAUUGCAUCUUUGUGUGUCAAGCGCUGGACAUAUUCUGAAUAUUGACUUAUCCUACUUGCCUAAGUGUAUAGAAUUUUUGAAAAUAAGAACCUGUUUCAAAUUUUAGGCUAAACAGGUUCUUUUAUAGAGGGUGCUUACGAGGCAAAUUUUAGCCUAACAGGUUCUUAAAACCCAGGUUCUUAGGGCCUGUUUACAUGGAGGUGGGAGACCCCAAGUACUGUAGGUUAGGGAACCCACUUAGGCGGGGUAACCCGCCUGUCCAUGUAAUCUCUCAUUUUAAUUUGAUCCCGUUUACACGAUAGGUGGGGUAACCCGCCGCGGUUUACCUCACUUACCUGGGGUCCUCCACCUCCAUGUAAACAGGCUCUUAGUCAGGGGGUUUCGCUCUGCCCCAAAACAAGUGUAAUACUGUUGCUGAAGAGGUUUCAGGUGAAUGUUUGAUCGCACUAUGGUGUGACUUCCCACACGCGGGUGGCCAAUCAAAUGAAACUUCUUUUACAGUAUUUUCAAGUGGUACUAUUUAUUCACUUUUUACUUUAAACAUUCUAGUCUGUGGAUGGACCAUUCAAAUGCAUUGUACCAUUAAUUUAUUUCCAUUCGUGAGAGAUCUUUUCUUUUGGCCAGUUUUGGUCAGAAGAUUGGUGUUUAUUUGAUUUGCUUUAUCUUGCCCACAGGCAGUGUUUCGGCGAAGGCCUCAACUGGGCCGGUUGCACACUCAUCGCUUUACUAGGACAGGAGAAUCGCUUCGAAGCGUUAGACUUUUGCUAUCAUAUCGUCAAAGUUUAUGCAGUGGACGCAAGGGAUGAAGUCAUCGGUGGAGUGGUCAGUACAUGUACUUGUAACAAUUCUAAAACAAAAAUUAUUUAGCCUAAACCAACAAGAACGAAAGAGGUUGUUGAUUCCUCACACGAUGCUGAACUUUUUGUACAGUGGGAGAGAGGAAGGUGCGGAGUUGCAAGAUGUCAAAAUUUAAACUAGCUACCCCUCAUUAAAAUUCUUAUUAAAGUAAAAGUCAUCGUUCUGAAGAAUCUUAUUUUAAAAAUUCAUUACCAGUAGGUAAAAUUUAGUACCCUAAUGAUUUGGCCACGCCAUCGCCCUAACAAAUACCGUAUUUAUUCGAAUAAGCGCCCAACCUCGAAUUAGCGCCCACCUCGAAUAAGCGCCCAUCCUAAAGGCAGAAAAAGUUAAUAAGCGCCCAGCCUCGAUUAAGCGCCCACCCCUCCUCCUCCCAAUCAAACUCAAAUAAGCGCUCACCCCCACCCCACCCACUUGAGUGAAUAAAUUCCAAUAAGAGACUUCCCCGAGGACGGAGUUUUCUUCAGAGUAUUUUACAGAAACCUUGCUUUGUUACUUCUUCGCAUUUUGUUAUUAGCAUUGAUUGUUUUGUUGCAAAAUAAACAUACUUCACUUGCUGAUAAUGGUGAAAAUUUAAUAAGCGCCCAGCCUCGAAUAAGCGCCCACCUCGAAUAAGCGCCCACUCUCAAGGUCCAAAAAUUUAAUAAGCGCCCAGGGCGGUUAAUCGAAUAAAUACGGUACCUUUGUCAGGACACUACGCGUCUUUCUUUGGAGGUUUGACAGUCUAAUGAAGCUGCGAGCACCUAAAGGCGACAGAGCGUUUUGAAACGUUGGGGGCGGGGGGCUCAUCUUUCACUGUGCCAUGUGCAUACCCCUACUCAAAUUUUUGUUUGGGGGGAUCCUGCUCCCCUCUGGCACCUCGGGACUCCUUCAAUAUGGAGUGCUUGAUCGCAGGCAGGCAGAAAACAGACAGCAACACCUGAUAGGUUUUCAAGAAUGUUAGUUUUCUAAUCCAGUUGUUUCCUUUGCAGGAUCUUAAGCGCCUAGUAAGCAGAGCACGUCACUUCAGAGUACUGAAUGACCAAAUAUUCGCAGUGUUGAACAAGCAUCUGAAGACUUCUGAAGGACCGGUUGAACAUGUUCGCUGCUUCCAGCCGCCUAUUCACCAGGCGUUUGUUUCUCCCAUCUAAUACAAUGUGGAGAAUUCCAACAGCUUUCCAACGGUUCAACUGAGGCAGAUAGAUUGUAGAACCAAAUGUAAAGAAAUUAUUGGGUUAUAUAUUUUAGGAGAGCGUAUUCAGUCAUUCUUGCUGCAGGAGGUUCUGCACGUUUCAGAACGUUGUCCGUGUUUGACCAUUCUAAUUCUGUUUUUUGAAGCAAAAAUAUCACAAGGAAAAAUUUAAGAUUGGCUGCCCGCAAAAAUAAUGAAGAAGCUCGUAAAAAUGUGGCAUUCAUGCGGUAAUUUUUUCGGAAAGUGAUCUUUAUAUUCGGCUAUUGCAUUUUUUUAGGGGUAGAGUAAAAAAUAUGGAAUUCUUUGGGGGUGAAGCUUUAAUUUACACCAAAUUCUUCAGGGGUAAACCCAUAUUUUAUGGGAGUCUUUAGGGAUAAGACAAAAACUUAAGUCCUCAACCGGGGGGUACGUAAUAGCCCAUUACAAGAAUGUCAGAGCACUCUUAACGUUCUCGUGGUCUUACUUGUCAUUGUAAACUGAUUCGGGAAGCGAGGUUUAAGUUAUAUAACUUGCGUUAGAACUUAUAUCUCUUGAAAAGUACGUCCUCCUCAGGACCACGCUUUUGAAUAAGUUGCGUAGUCCUCUUAAAGGUCUUAACCUCCAGACUCUUUGACGCGUUGUUUAAUGUGUUCUUGCUUUUAAGCUGAUUCAAAGGAUUCGCGGGAACACGUUACCAUAUUGCGUCCGGCCUUAAAUCCCAAGUUUCAUUAUUGUCAUCAUUCGUUGGCGUAGUAUCCUUUAAGGGUGCUUCGACUACAGUUUCUUUUCACCUAACUAUUAAUUGUAAGAUUGGCGCAUAAAAUACUAUCCAUGGUCAUGAAUAGUAGACGGUAACUUACUGGUUAGCUUCAUUAUUUACCGCAAGGUCGAAACUUGUUCGUUUUUCUGUAUCCUCUGAGGCUUCAUCUAAAAAUAUAGUUUGUGAACUAACUGGAUUAGCCUCACUUGGGUCAGUGUAGAAAGGUAUAUUCCAU